AUGGCAACACCGCCAAUACUAGACGACGCCGCGCCGGGCGACGCUCCCGACGAGGACGCCGCCGCGCUCCUCGCCUGGCCCGAGAUCUGCGACCUCAUGAAUCUGCAGGCGCCGGACGCCUGGCGGCCGCGGCACGCGGCGGUCCUGGCCGUCCGGCGCCGGGCCCGCGACGAGGGCGGCCUCGACGGCCGGCCGCCGGACCUCUUCUCGUUCCUCGCGAAGGAGUCGCGCGACCUGCGAUCCGCCUCGGCGCGCGCCGCGCUCGAGGCGCUCGGCGACCUGCUCCUCGCGGGAGUGCCGCCCGCCACGGCGGAAGACGCUGAGGCCGUCGUCGCGAGCCUCCUGGCCCGCGCGACGCACGAGCUCAAGUUCCUCGCCGCGGCCGCGCGGCGCGCGCUCCACGCCCUCGCGGCGACCGGCGACGCGGCCGCGCUCGACGCCGUCGUCAAACACUGCGCGGCCGGCUCGAAGGCGCGCAAGACGCUCGCCGCUGAGACCGCCACGCGCCUCCUUCUCGCCGGCGCCGACCCGUGUGGAAAUCACGCAGUGAGUUAGGUCAUCUCGCGGACCAAAUUUUCAUUUCCCACACAGGCGCCGACGCGCCGCCUGGCGGCGCACGCUUCACCGCCACCUGCGGGGCGGCCCUGCAAGUGGCGACGCGCGACCGCGCCGCGGCCACCGCCCUCCUCCGCGCGCUCGCGCCGGCGCCGGACCGGGACGCGUUCGCGGAGGCCUCGGCGGAGGCGCUCGGGGCAGGCGACUCGUCGGCGCUCGUCGCGCUCCGCUUCCCCGCCAAGCCCAAGCGCGCCGCCGGCGACAGGAAGCGCGUGCCGCUCCGCGAGCGCAUGGCCGCCGCCCGGGGCAACUAA